CUCUACGUUCUCAAACACGUUGAAGACACCCACAAGAUUACUGACGUAAUCAGAAUUUCCCGGUUGAGCGGCUCUGAAGUACAGUUGCAUCCUACAUUAUGAGCGAUCACCAUGCACAGAUAGGAAGACAGCCUGCACGAUGCCUCAGUUCUGGAAACCUGGCACAGCGGCUCCAGGGAGCUCUCUGGAUCGAGAGACAGAGUCAGAGGGGUCUAUUGUUCCUUCUGCAUCGGCAGCAAUCUCACAUUUAUCAUUAGAAGCUCAACGGCAAAGGCUACCAAUUUACAAGCAUAGGGAGAAGCUAUUGUGGUGUGUGGAGAAGUAUAGAACAGUCAUCGUUGUCGGUCAGACUGGUUGUGGUAAGAGUACUCAGAUACCACAGUAUUUGCAUGAAGCCGGCUGGACAAAUCAGAAUCACGUAGUAGCCUGUACGCAACCACGUCGGGUGGCUGCGACCACUGUCGCGACACGAGUAGCCGAGGAAGUUGGAAGCGUUCUGGGUGAUGAGGUCGGAUACUCGAUUCGGUUCGAGGAUCUAUGGUCACCGGAACGGACGAAGAUCAAAUACAUGACGGAUGGGAUGCUGUUCCGGGAGACUAUGGUGGACCCACUCCUGAGUCGAUACAGCGUCAUCAUGAUCGACGAAGCCCACGAGCGAGGCGCUUACACAGACCUCUUGCUAGGACUGGUCAAGAAGAUCAUGCGUAAGCGACCAGAACUGCGAGUCAUCAUCUCUUCGGCAACUAUUGAGGCCGAGGACUUUAUGGAAUACUUCAACAGCAAUGCGGAUGGCUCUGACCGUUCAGAGGACGACGCAAUUAUCGUCUCGCUCGAGGGCCGCAUGUUUCCCGUGGAGGUCUGUUAUCUCAGAGAACCCACUGCAGACUAUGUCCAUACAGCGAUCGACACUAUCUUUGACAUACACCUCAAAGAGCCAGCGGGAGAUGUCCUUGUCUUCUUGACUGGUCGAGAAGAGAUCGACCAAGCUCUGCAGAAUAUCGCAGAUCGGCUACAGACACUGCCAAAAGCUGCGCCAAAGAUGCUGGCCCUCCCUUUAUACGCUACAUUACCUGUCGAGGAGCAAGAGAUUAUUUUUGAGGCUCCGCCAAGAGAUACGCGAAAGGUGAUCCUUGCUACCAACAUUGCCGAGGCAUCUGUGACAAUCGAUGGAAUUAAGUAUGUGGUGGAUUCGGGCUUCGUCAAGAUCAAAACUUUCAAUCCCCGAAAUUCGAUGGACGUACUCACCGUGACGCCAUGUUCAUUGGCCUCUGCGAAUCAACGCGCCGGUCGAGCGGGUCGUACUUCCGCCGGCAAAUGCUUCCGUCUGUACCCUCCUUCAAUGCUACCGACUCGUAAUUCUGGCAGUCAAAUGCCUAUCACGACGCCGCCAGAGCUCACUCGCUCCGACAUAUCCCUUUAUAUUCUUCAAUUAAAGGCUCUUGGGAUCGAUAACCUCGCCAAGUUUGACUUUAUGAGUCCUCCACCGAGUGACAUGAUGAUCAGAGCGCUGGAAUUCCUCUAUUCACUCAACGCUAUUGAUGACGAGGGAAGACUCACCCGACCGAUGGGCGCGAGAAUGGCGGAAGUGCCUGUUGAUCCCAUGAUGGCUGCGAUCCUGCUCAACUCGCACGAGAUGAAGUGCAGCGAGGAGAUGUUGACUAUCGCUGCCAUGACGCAAGUGCAGAACGUAUUUGUGAUUCCCGAAGGGGGCAUGAAAGCGACAAUGGCUGAAUUGGAACGACGGAAGUUUACCGCUGAGGAAGGCGAUCAUCUGACACUUUUAAACGUCUACAACGCUUUCGUCCGCCUCGGUAUGAGAGACAAGCAAUGGUGUGGUAACCAUCGAAUCAACCACAAGGCUCUCUCGCGAGCAGUAUCGAUUCGCAAGCAGCUCAAAAAGUACCUCGAGAGGUUUGGUAUCAAGAGCUCGAGCUGCGAAGGAGACGCGAAGAAACUGAGGCGUUGCCUCGUCACGGGGUACUUUAAGAACGCUGCCAGGAUGAUGCCCGACGGAACAUACAGAUCGGCGAGAGAAGGCGCUACACUACACGUUCACCCAUCUUCCGUCAUGUUCACUCGUCAGCCAUCGACCGGAUGGGUCAUUUUCCACGAAGUGAUCGAGACCUCUAAGAGCUUCAUGCGGGAUCUGACGGUGAUCGAGGAAGAAUGGUUGGUCGAUUUAGCUCCGCACUACUACAAGUUCAAGGGAGGGGGAAUCAAGAAGCAUUGAGGUCAUCACAUUGUCAUCUUCAUUGUUGUAUUGCAUGUACGACUCAUCCAGGUUGGCGACGCGGAGACUCGAUUCAUUUUCGAAAUUCGAGAGAAAUGGAUGC